AUGAUCGAAUCAGAAAGUAAUGGACGCGACGCAAACCAGAAUCCCAGAAUCAAAGAAAAACACCCGCGCUUCUGCCACACGAUCUGUUCCUCCGCCGCAGCUCGCCAAAUAUUCCAAAAAAGUGGCCACUUUCCCAUCACAGCACUACGAGAAAUUAGAAUCUUAAAACUCCUUAAGCAUGACAAUGUUGUUAAUCUGCAAGAGAUUUGUCGAACUAAAGGUCCCCCUCCUCCUGGUCUUCAAAAGCCAGCAAAACCUACACCACACAUGUCAAGUCUCUCGACAUUCUUCUUGGUGUUUGAGUUUUGUGAACAUGAUCUAGCGGGCUUGUUGUCAAAUGUGAACGUCAAAUUUAACAUGGGGGAGAUCAAGAAGGUGAUGCAACAGCUGCUCAAUGGCCUUUAUUAUAUCCACUCGAAUAAGAUCUUACACAGGGAUCUCAAAGCUUCCAAUGUGCUCAUAACCAAAAAUGGCAUUCUGAAGCUAGCAGAUUUUGGUCUCGCACGUGCGUUUAGUACCAGUAGACAGGGACCAAAUAGAUAUACAAACCGUGUCGUCACACUCUGGUAUCGUCCACCAGAGCUCUUACUAGGGGAAAGGAACUAUGGUCCUCCUGUAGACAUGUGGGGAGCAGGAUGCAUCAUGGCAGAAAUGUGGACACGUACUCCAAUAUUGCAGGGUAGUACAGAGCAACACCAGUUGACUCUGAUAACAAAAUUAUGUGGUUCCAUAACCCCUGAGGUUUGGCCAUCUGUAGAAAAUCUAGAACUCUUCAACAAGAUGGAAUUAGCAAAGGGCCAACAGCGACGAGUUUGCGAGAGACUUAAACAAUAUCUACGUGAUAAUAUGGCAUUGGAUUUGUUAGACAAACUUUUAACAUUAGACCCAGCCAAAAGAAUAGAUUCCUCAACAGCACUUGACCAUGAUUUCUUCUGGACUGAUCCCAUGCCCUGUGAUUUGUCCAAGAUGUUGUCACAACACACACAGAGUAUGUUUGAGUAUUUAGCUCCAGCUAGGCGGCCAGGUGCCUCCAAUAGACCUAUGCUUCAGCCUCGCCCACAGGAUAAUGUAUCAUCCUACCAAGAAAGAGUGUAUUAAAUAUAUAAUGAAUAUAACCUUGUAUGUUAACAUA